UGUACAAAAUCAAUAAAACAUAUUUUUAAAAAAUCUAUGAUGUUAACACCUUCAGCAAAUUUGACAUAUGAAGUUUUGAAGCUUGCUGUCAAUACAACAAAAUAGCAUACGUAUCAAACCGCAUAUAUAUCCACAGAUGUGUAACUCCAUCUAUUGAAAAAAAUCCAAAUUAUUAACCGGUGUCCCUGGCAUAUGACUUUCUCAUGACCUAACCUGACCAGAACGUCCUUGCGACGAUGCUCACCUUCGCAUGCCCCUUAGUGAGAAGGUCCGAUGGCCCUGCAGGCAAGGAGUGUGUGUGAGGAUGGCCCCAGGGGGGUGUAGACCAGGGGGGUGUAGACCAGGUGUUAGAGCUGGAACCUGAGGGCAAGGAUACCACCGGGACCGUCCCAGGCUGAGUUUAUCCCAUCACAGGCUUUAAUUUCAUCUUGGACCCCAGGCCCUAUAAAAGGCAGGAGCCUUGGGCAGCUCAGCGUUGGGCCAGGAUCACCCAGUGUGAACGUCUGUGUCCGUGAGAAGCCUCAGCACACACUUCAAUCUCCACCCCUUGGGAAGCACAUCAGAGCCACCAGCGCUGACAGCCAAGCACCCCAGCAGCUCAGCGUCGGGCCAGCAUCACCCAGCGUGAACGUCUGUGUCCGAGAGGGGGUUUUAAUCUCAUCUCGGACCGAGGGCCGAUAAAAGGCAGGAGCCUUGGGAAGCACAUCAGAGGCACCAGCGCUGACAGCCAAGCCCCACAGCAGCUCAGCGUUGGGCCAGGGUCACCCAGCGUGAACGUCUGUGUCCGUGAGGAGAAUGGCAUCUCAAGACGAACCCGCCAGGAACGGUCCCCGGGCAGGAAAUUUCAGGCUCAGAUUUCGCGGAGGACCGGUCAACCAGGAGGGGGAGGAGGUGGAGGAGGUCGCCUUCCUCCCUGGGCCCAUCUCAUUGCACCACGGCAGCCACCUGCAUGGCGUGGCGGAGCUUCAGGGCAUCAUUUGGUCUUUCUGCUCGUGGCUGCAGCCAGACACCCAGAGUAAGCAGGAGAUGAUUUUCCAACUGUCAGUGGAGCAGUUCCUGCUCAACAGGCCCAGCAGCGAGAGGGCCGCAUGGCAGGAGAAGUGGGAGUCGAGCGGCAGGGACAUGGCCGUGUUCAUGGAGCACCUGCGGGGUGAGGUCCUGAGGCCCCCGAGCAUGAUACAUGUCAGCCUGGAGGGGCGGGAAGCCCUGUUCUCAGAGAACAUGCCCUUAGGAGAGGUCCUGGCCAUCCUCCAGGAGCAGCGUUCAGCAGCAGCCCCCAUGGCGCUCACCCCGGGGACACCCUCCCCGACGUCCCCAGAGACACCCCGACCAGCAGCACCAGAUGAAGAUGCAGAGGACGCUGGCGACAGUCUUUCCAGUCCAGACGACCACCCCCCCUUUACGCUCCUCCUGGCGGAAGAGAGCCCUCAGGUCCCCGCAGAGCGCGCGGCGUCGGGGGAGAGUCCACGCAGCUCCGGUUCAGCAAGUCCGGGCGCCCCCACCGCCCAGGAAGAGCCCCCCCGAGAGGAGGCGCCCCGGGAGGCGGGGGGCGCCCGGAAGCGGUACCGGUGCGACCGGUGCCCCCGGGUCUUCGAGUUCCUCUGUCGGUUCCAGCUGCACCGGAGGAGGCACGACAACGAGCGGCCCUUCGCGUGCGCCACGUGCGCCAAACGCUUCUUCCAGGCCUCGGACCUGCGCGUGCACGAGCGCAUCCACGCGGAGGCGAGGCCCUUCCGCUGCGGCCGCUGCGACCGCGCCUUCAGCCACCCGACCAACCUGCGGGCGCACGAGCGCAUCCACACGGGCGCCAAGCCCUACGCGUGCGCCCAGUGCGCGAGGACCUACCGCCAGUCCUCCACCUACCACCGCCACCUGCGGAUGCACCAGAGGAAGGCCUCGGAAUCUGGGGACUCCACACCCCGGGCCUCCACAUCCAGGGACUCCACGGCCCCGGCCUCCACAUCCAGGGACUCCACACCCCUGGCCUCCACAUCCAGGGACUCCACACCCCUGGCCUCCAUGCCCCGGGCCUCCACAUCCAGGCAUUCCAUGCGCGGAGCUUUCUCCCUGUAAUGUGUGUGUGUAGAUAGAUUUAUUUUAUUUUAUUUAAUAUUUUUAUUGAUUUCAGGGAGGAAGGGAGAGGGAGAGAGAGAAACGUCAAUGACGAGAAAGAGUCAUUGAUCACCUGCCUCCUGCAUGGCCCUCCACGGGGGAUGAGGCCCCCCCCCCCCCCCCCCCCGGAAUGUGCCCGAGAAAGUGGCUGACACGUUUCCAAUGACCAAUAAAGUUGUUGAAUAAAUAAAAGGGUAUUGUUUAUUCCUUAAAAUCCAGAGAUGGCCUGAGGUGGUGUGGAAGGCGGCUCCCAGGUGGCUAGGGAUAUGGGCUGCGGGAGGUGCAGCAAGGAAACAAAGCUUGAGCAGGUGCAUGUAAUUGAGUAGAUUCAAAACCCAGGAGAACAUUGUAAACAUCUUGGCCACACCCUUACUUUGCCUCGUGGAAUCUGGCUAUCAAAUAAAGACUCGGUUUGCAGGCUGUGGUGCUGCCUAUCUUCUUUAACCCUUCACUGCCCCCCCCCCUCCCCGCCCUCCAACCCCUCAGGCUCACCCACGGCUGUGCUGGCCCCGCCCAAGGUAGGACUACAACUAGGCCCAACCCCAGGACAUAAACCCUACCUGUGACCCCAUCCUCUGUCCACAUCCUUCUUUUACUUAUUUAUUAGAGGACUGGUGCAUGAAAUUCAUACACAGGUAGGGUCCCUAGGCCUGGCUGGUGAUCAGGGCCAAUCUGUUGGGCGAUUAAUCGCUGUCCCCCUCAACUGCACCCACCUAGGCUGGCCUGGGGCCUGCAGGCUGAGGGCAGCUCAUGCAUUGAGUGUCUGCCCCCUGGUGGUCAGUGCACGUCUUAGCAACUGGUCAUGCUGCCUUUUAGUUGACUUGCAUA